AUGUCACGCUUUUUUAUAUAUAAUCCCCUACAUUCUCCUUUCCUUCCAUCCUUCCUCCCUUCCUUCCUUCCUUCCUCCCUUCCUUCCUUCCUUCCUCCCUUCCUUCCUUCCUUCAUUCCUUCCUUCCUCCCUUCCUUCCUUCCUUCCUUCAUUCCUUCCUUCAGUCCUUCCUUCAUUUCUUCCUUCUUUCCUUCCUGCCUUCAUUCAUUCAUUCUUUCCUUCCUUCCUCCCUUCCUUCCUUCCUUUCUUCCUUCCUUCCUCCCUUCCUUCCAUCAUUCCUUCUUUCCUUCCUUCCUUCCUUAUUCAUUCAUUCAUUCCUUCCUUCCUCCCUUCCUUCCUUCCUUCAUUCAUUCAUUCCUUCCUUCAUUCCAUCCUUUCUUCCUUCCUUCCUUCCUUCCUUCAUUCCUUAUUUCCUUCCUUCCUUCCUUCAUUCCUUCCUUCCUUCAUUCAUUCAUUCAUACCUUCCUUCCUCCCUUCUUUCCUUUCUUCCUUCCUUCCUUCCCCCUUCCUUCCUUCCUUCAUUCAUUCAUUCCUUCCUUCCUUCAUUCCUUCCUUCAUUCCUUUCUUCCUUCCUUCCUUCAUUCAUUCAUUCAUUCCUUCCUUCUUCCCUUCUUUCCUUUCUUCCUUCCUUCCUUCCUUCCUCCUUCCUUCCUUAUUUCCUUCCUUCCUUCAUUUAUUCAUUCCUUCCUUCCUCCUUUCCUUCCUUCCUUCCUCCUUUCCCUUCCUUCCUUCCUUCCUUCCUUCCUUCCUUCCUUCCUUCCUUCAUUCAUUCAUUUCUUCCUUCCUUCCUUCCUCCCUUCCUUCCUUUCUUCCUUCAUUCCUUCCUUCCUUCCUUCAUUCCUUCCUUCCUUUCUUCCUUCCUUCCUUCCUUCAUUCAUUCAUUCAUUCCUCCCUUCCUUCCUUCGUCCCUUCCUUCAGAAUUUAUUUAAGUACUUAUACAUAUCUCCUUUCUUUCGUUAG